CUUUUUCCGCAUAUCUUCCUCCUCCAGCAACAUGGAUCUUGUCAAUCAAAGGCCGGUUACGAUUCGCGAUCCCCAAAAGCAAGGUCGUCUCCAGCAAGCCGCCAUUGACCUCCUUGUGGGCUCUGACAUCCAAUUCCGCCGCGAAACCCGCCUUGACAUCGCCCUAGUGAAAAACCUCCCAAUUGCCCUCAUUUUCCUCCCCGCAGCUGAUAUUCCCACCUUCGUCGGCGAGGGCGGUGUCGAUCUGGGCAUCACCGGUCGUGACCAAGUAGCUGAACAUGACGCCAAUCUCCUGCCAGGUAAGGUAUCCGGUUUAGAAGAGAUGCUCGAUCUGGGAUUCGGCGGGUGCAAAUUGCAAGUCCAGGUCCCCGAGAAGGGAUCCAUAACGGAUCCAAAGGAAUUGGUUGGGAAGAAUGUCGUCACGAGCUUUACGGGCCUGACGCAGGCGUAUUUUACAAAGUUGGAGGGCAAGGAGACGCCGACUACGAAGGUUAAAUACGUUGGUGGGAGUGUAGAAGCUGCAUGUGCCCUGGGUGUUGCGGAUGGGAUUGUGGAUUUAGUUGAAUCGGGUGAAACCAUGAAAGCCGCAGGGCUAAGGCCCAUCGGCACAGUCGUCGACAGCACCGCCGUCCUCGUCAAAUCCCGAAACACAAAUCACGAACUUGUUAGUCUCAUCGAAUCCAGAAUACGUGGUGUCAUCACCGCCAAAAAAUACGUCCUUUGCCAGUACAACGUCCCGCGCCCCCUCUUACAGGCGGCAUGCGAGAUCACCCCUGGCAACCGCGCACCAACAAUAACCCCCAUCGAAGGCGCUGGGUGGGUUGCGGUAAGCUCCAUGGUAGAGAAGAAGUCCAUCGCCACGGUCAUGGAUAAGUUGACCGCUGUUGGCGCAACGGAUAUAUUGGUCUUGAGUAUUUCUAAUUCGAGGACGAGAUGA